CAGCCCGGGAAGUGAAAGCGUCUUAGAGAGGAGGGCGGGAGCAGGCUUGUCGCUGGCUCGGCUGACCUGGGUCAGGAAUGCUGGCAGUGCACCUGGUGUUUACUGAACCCUAAUCAUUCUGCUCGGCCACUGCCCUCCUAACUUGCCUGGCCGGGCUCCAGCCCGAGUUUUCUUUAAAUUUCCCCAGACAUCCUCGGCAGCCCACGUUUGAAAGGCUCUGGGCUUGUCGGGGCACGGGCGGGAGCUCCGCCUCCAGGAGUUACCCCGCUGCGGAGCCUCACGGCGUCGACUGUCCUACCCAUCUCGCGGUCGUUUGAAGUCCGUGCGAGCGACCCGUGCCCUCCUCGACCUGACGGAGCUUGGCGCCGAGGAGACAGCCCCCACUCCUCCUGGAACCCCAAGUGGAGCUGGAGAAGAAAACGAAAGUUUGAGAUCCGUUGGACUGCUGUCUCGGGAGCGUUUUAACGAAAUCAGACCCCGUUUCAGGAAAUCAGACUGAGGGAGGUGACUCAAGAGAGAUGUGGCAGGUCGGGGCUCCCCAAUUCCGCGUGCUGCUGCUGCUCCUGCUAGCGUUGCUGACUCUGCCAGGGUAUGGUAACCAGGGGAGUGGAACUGGAAGUUGUUACUGCGAUAAGGUGAUUUCUUCCACAUCCCCUCCAGCGGACCGGCUGUUGAAACAUUUCAGAACAUACCUGGAAAACUAUCAGCGCUGUUUCCCUGUGGUCAGGUUCCAGUUGCGUUCUCGCACCCCACCUCAAAACCGGAGUGUGUGUGGGGGCAGGAAUGACCAAUGGGUACUGGACUUAAUGAGCUGCUUUGAGAAAGGAGAAUGUGGACUUGCUCACUUUGGGAAUACAGCCCACCAGAAGCAUUUAUAUCCCACCAGAGUCCAGGUUCCUGAGUCCACAGAAAAAGCACCUGUGAACAUCAGUAGUCCUGUCCAGACUGACCUGCCAUCCACCCUGCAGCUCAACCUAGCAGGAACACCCUCCUUGGACGAAAAGCUAACCUACUCCAGUGAAACCAUCAGUUCUACUGCAGAACACAGUCUGGAGGUUAAGGACAAGCAGAUUGUGCCUUCUGCAGCUGGGAAAACAGAAUUGGUUCCAGUGCUGUCCCUCUUGGUCAUCGUCUUCACCCUCACCAGUAUCCUCCUCUGUGUGCUGUGCACUAGGAAGCAGCUGUCACUGCAGAACUUUCCAGGUAAACUGGGCCUCUUAAUCCCUCCCUCAAAGGGUCCACAUUCUCCCUAGCAGGGAUUCUGCCCCCAUGGCUGCCGGGUGACUAGAAAACGGCCACAUGCAACAUAUAAGCAUACUGCUGCAACUGGGCCCAAAGGCCUUGAAAAUGAGGCAAUCCGAGGUUGCAGAAUCAAUGGGAGGGAAGUUGUUAUUGUUCCAGGAACCAGUGCUUGACUGUCAAAGUUUGCAGCAACAUUAAGAUGGCAGCUAAAGUAGUCUAGCAGAAAGGUAGGAGCAUUCAUUUAAUUCAUAAAUCUUUGUGAAUGGGUCACAAGGUUAAUGUUAUGGGGUUUGAUUCUUCAGUUCAAGCUGUCACCACUUGAUCUCAGAGCUCAUCUUUUAUCUUUUCUAGGUUUGCAGAUAUGUUAUACACCUGUGGCACCAUAUUCCUAUGCUUAAGCUGAGAAUAGGUUUGUUGAGUGGUGACACAACAGGUUAAAUCGCAGCACUAUGAAGCUCUGCAGUUUCUGCACCAGGGAGAUGCCCCACAUGGCUCAGCAGACUUCUGACUUGCCUGACUUCAGUAGUGUACUUCAUCAAUCUACCUGUUCUG